GAAGGUAGUAUGCGUGCCUUCGAACUUCCAGCAGGAUUGGAUGUCUUGCUGUUCGGCGCCUGCCCCCAUCCUAGAGACAAAAUAUGUAGGUGUCCUUUCUCACAUACUUUUGGGCUGUGUCCCGUCCAUUCUAUGCUCAUCUUCUCCGUUUUCUCGCUGUCACUUUCUUCGCUGGUGGAUAUUCUUGGAUAGAACUCUCAUACGAUGAAAGGAGCACUUCUAGCAGCAGUGGCAAUCAUCUUUUCGACCAGCCAGGGAGCUCCAAUUGAGCGACGAGACUCGGAUUAUAUUUCCUCCUGUGGGAACACGUGGAUGGCAAUCAAUGAUGUGAAAACCAACCAUGGAGCAAUCGGUCGUGUUGGCUUCAACGCCGCAGUCAAUAGCUUCUGUGGGAAAGCAGCUGGGCAGAAACUCGGAGGCAAGAAGUACUUGUCCAUGGCCACUAGGGUAUGGUUCAGCUAUGGCGGAGACCCUGAGACGACGGGCAUCAAUGGCUAUGUAUAUUUUGAGAUUCACAACAAGCAAGACAGUGACCAUGUCGUCGAUGGCGAAAAGUGUAAAGAGCACCUCAAGAAGCUCUCGGCAGAAGAUAGCAAAUGCUACGGGAAAGACAACAAGGACACCAAGGGUGGGACAUUCCAAGUAGGGAACAGCGACGUCUCCUACCACGCACUGGCGAACAAGGUCCCGCCGACCUUCGACUCCGUGGACAAGACCGUUGUGCUCGAUGGAGCGAUUUCAGCACUAGGGGAUGGUGACAAGGGCAAUACCCUGGACCCAUUCCCAACCUACGCCUUCAACGAUAUUACACCCGUCCCAUGCCACAGCCACAACGACUACACGCGCGACACGGCGCUCUACUCCGCGCUGAGCGCCGGCUGCACAAGCGUAGAAGCGGAUAUCUGGGUGCACGGCGACAAGCUAACUGUGGGCCACACCGACCCCGGCGCGAACGGACCAACGCUCCAAGACCUCUAUCUCAACCCUCUACAGAAGCUCAUCGACGAGCGACAAGCAGUCUUCCCUACGAAACCAGAGCAAGCCCUCUCUCUACUGAUAGACUUCAAAGGCAACAGCGACCAGACCUGGGACAAGCUUGUCGCAGCUCUCACUCCCCUCCGCGACGCUGGCCACCUAAGCCACUAUGAUGGCUCCUUCAAGCAAGGCCUCGUCACCGUCAUCGCAUCUGGGAACGCGAUCCAAGACUCUGACGUCCCGUCACCCAUUGCCAAAGCGCUAGACCCCGCCAGUAACCCCUCGCGCUCCAUUUUCGUCGACGCGCGCAUCAACAAGGACAUGUCCAAGUUCGACUCCUCGAAUUCCUACUAUGCAAGCGCGAGCUUCAAGGACGCGGUGCAGGGAAGCAGCAGUGCGAUUUCCGGCGCGAAUCUGCAGAAGCUGAGGGACCAGGUCAAGGCGGCGCAUGAUAAGGGGCUUCUUGUGAGGUAUUGGGAUAUUCCGAGUGAGGGGCUGUGGCAGCAGCUGGUGGAUGAGGGCGUGGACCGGUUGAAUGUGGAUGAUUUGCAGGAUGUUGCCGGCUUGGAUUGGCAUUUGUAGGCGGCUUGAGAUGCCUUUCCUCUUCGACAUGCGGUGCGUAAGUACCCCGUUUCCGUUUCUCGAGUUCGUCUUUUGCUGUCCACUUCUCUUCACACGUUUGUCCCAUGUACCCGCUCGCC